CUCCUGCUGCGCCCGCCGCAAGAGGAAGACCUUCAACGUACCAAACUCCAACAUGUCGGUGGGUCUUCAGGGCAGCAUCCAGGAGCUGAGCACCAUCCAGAUCAGGGAGCGGCCGCUCACCAACAGUCGUUCCAGUCGAUCCAGCCUGAACGCCAAAUUUGAGGAGACGGUUCCCCUGAACUGCGACCAGCCCUACAUCACCGCCGCCGUCAUCAGCAUGCCCACGCCGCCCGGCACCACGCCCGAAGGCGACGACUCCGCCAGCUCCACCGACUACUCCCAGGCCAACAUCGUCCGGGUGUCCGCGCUCUAGAACCUCCGAGUCCUCCCCAACCUGCCACCCGUCCGGCCGGAGGACGUCGGGCGUCGACACCCUGCAGGAUCAGAGGACGGUUUGGUAGCUGCAUCAUGUGAUCUCAACGGAUGGGUUCAGUCAAAUCCUUCAGACCUCUGGUGGAGGAACGGGUCCAUCGGUGCGCACCAAACUCCCCUGGAUUGAAUUUUCUUCUGCGUUUUCUUCCGGGAAGGAUUUUUACUCCGUCAGUUGAAGGAGGAAGGAAACGAUGAAACUC